AUGGCUUCCAACACCUCAGAGAUCGAUAUGAACAACGGCGACGUUGCCCACACCCAUGCGAGAUAUUUCAGAAUCAACAGACGAAACUUCAGUGGCCAUUACGAUGUGGAAGAAAUGGACGGCACACACCUUUUCUACGUCGACAUGUGGUCACUCGGCUCAGGCAAGCCAGAUCUUACCUUGCACCAGGGUCCCGACAACAAAUCUCCCAUUGUCGCUGUAUCCCAUAUGCCAACCCUGGGAUCAGAUUACAAAAUUGGCAUUGGUGACCCCAACGAGCCCAAUUCGAUGCAAUGGGACGACCUAGCAAAGGAGCGUCUGACACAAUCAGGCUGGCGUUGGAUAAAAACUCUGACGGACGGAGAGAGGGCUGGCUCGACUCUCAAUCUCAUGUGGAAACGAACCAAGAAGGUCACCGUUGACGGCAUGACGGUGCAAUCGAUGAGUAGCCGGAAUUACAAGUUGCAGGAUUCAGACACGGGGAGCAUUCUGGCCGUAUUUACGGGCGACAGAACUUAUCGGCGCUGCGGCGUUUUGCAGUUGAACGUUUCGUAUGGGAGGCCAUUUGAUCUGUCGGUAUUCACAACAUGCCUCACUCUGUACGAAGAGGCCAGACGAGAGUCCCACCAGUCAGGAGGUGGUGGUUGA